UAUGUGGUCAGAAGCAGUUGCUGGCUGAAUGUAGACACAGAAACUCAGGGUCCAGUUACCAUAAGAGAAGCAUCUCUGCACGCAACGGUGUGGUUCCUGCAGCCCCUCGUCUCCUCUGGCUCUCCGGCUGCCUAAGAAUGUCGGACCAGGGGAUGAGGCUGUUCGCUGUGUUCCUUGGCUUUCCUGUUCUGCUCUUGGCCUACCGGUGUCAGAGUCCAAACCAGGACCAUCAAAUGGUCACCAGCUCUAAAAGCAACUCUGUCUCCCUCUUCCUACCUUCUCAGCCCUCCUCUGAUGUCUUCCACAUGGUGUGGAAAAAGGACAACAAAGUGAUGGCUAAGGCAAAAAAUAUCUCAAAUGUCUUGACUUUCAGAAACAAAACCAUCUUGUUUCCAAAUGGGACUCUGCUGCUGUACAGCCUGCUCAAGGAAGAUAGAGGUCUUUUCCAGCUGGAGAUCUUCAGUGACAGUGGAACAUGUCUGUUCUGGGGCAGCAUUAUGCUGGAUGUCCAGGACCCAGUGUCCAAGCCGGUCUUAUCACAGAUUUCUUGGCAGAAUGAAACAGUAAACCUAAAGUGUGAAGUGCAGCGAGGUGACAAUGUGUCCAUCCAGUGGCUGGAACGCCCAUGUGGCACCAACAGCAGCUGGGUUCGCACCAUGAGAGGCUUCACCUUGUCUGUUGAGAGGGGCACCUCCAGAGAGUUCAUCUGCACGGCUAUGAACAACAUCAGCCAAGAGACCAGCAAUGCUCUGACUGUUGACUGCCAUGAUGGAGCUGCACCUGAAAUAGUUUCAAACUCUGGUGACGAACCCAUGAGGAGAGAUACGGCGAGCGACCAAAUCAUCGUGCUCCUACUCUGUGCCUUUGCAAGCCUCCUUGUCAGCGUUACCAUAUUCCUGGUCUUCUUCAGCAUUGCCCAGAGGAAAAGAAAAACAGGGGUCAUGGAAACGAAAGUGGGAAGCUUUGCUGUGAGAGACCAGCAAGUCUUACAGAUGCUGAAAGAGGAGGUGUAUGUCGAUAUGAGCUUAGAGACCAUUGCCAGGACGGUACCAGAGAUGAGUAGCUUUGGACCAAUGGAGGCACCCUGGAAUGCACAGGAAGCAGAGACAGAUGCUAUCUAUGUCCCAAUGAAUACUGCCAAUAGCAAGGAAGAAACUGUUCCUGCUUCUGAAAUAAGUCAACCUGCAACUCAGCCCUCUGGUGAGGAACAAGUCUCUGAUGUAAGUUCCGGGAAUGACCGCAGACAGGUGGUUUAUGCCGAAGUCAACUUCUCAUCCAAGGAGCAGUCAAAAUGCAGUUCCUCACCCACCGUAGGACAAUCACAGUGAUGGCAAAGUACUGGCAGUCUGUUGCGAGUCCUCAGUCUGAGUCUCUGCAUUGUGUCUGAAAAACAGGUCUUAAUAUUACAGUCUUUUUGUCUAGAUGUGAGUCCUAUAGCUCUGACCCUUAGCUGGUGUUUAGCAAAAAUUGGCAAGUGAGACUGCUCCCAUGACUGAUGACUGGGCUUUUCUCAAAUUUCUCAGAGUUUCUCAAAUAACCGCUUUGCAGAAUCAUGGAGCAAACAGCGAUCAUUCUGUCAAAACAAUGCUGGUUGGUCCAUUCAUGUAUAUGUUUUUCCAGGAUUUAGAAACUGCUGUGUUCACCUUUAUUUUCAGUGUCCUUUUACAGUAACUACUAAUAAUUAUUAAUGAAAAGAAAACAUGCAUUGGUUCCACAGAGUGUUUGACACAAUUACUAUUUUCUACUCUUGGUUUAUUUGUCUAAGCCAUACUGGACACUGGACUCAACAGCUGUUAUAAAUAAUAUUUAAUUGUAAAAUAACAUAUAAACACACAAAGAUUUGUCAAAAAUUUGUUUGGAGUUAUUGCUUCAUGUUCUGGCAUUUGAACAUAAAACAUUUUAAUAACAUUAAAUCAUGAUUCGUUUUAACAGUCUGCACAAAAAACCAAAAAUUGUAAGAUGAGACACUUUUGC